AUGGGGUUCUGGGAGCUGUUGGUGGUGGCGAGCAUGCCUGUGAUGCAGGUCAUCCUCGUCGGCCUCGUCGGUGCCUUCCUUGCCGGCGACUUCUUCGGCGUCCUCACCGCCGACGCCCGCAAACACAUGAACAGGGUUCGUCCUCCUCCGUCCCAUCCAUCCAUGAAGAAGAAGAAGAAGAAGAUGAUGAUGAUAAUGAUGAUGAUGAUGAUGGAGAUGGAGAUUGACCCACCUCUGUCUGACUUAUCCAUUCCAGGUGGUCUACAUGGUGUUCACGCCAUCGCUCAUGUUCGCGAGCCUGGCCAAGACCAUCACCCUGGAGGACAUCAUCUCCUGGUAUGUUCCUCCCUCCUACCAUCUAAGAAAUGAGAGAUCAGCCAACCCUCUCGUUGUCUUCUCGGCGGCAGGUGGUUCAUGCCGGUCAACAUCGGGCUGACCUUCGUCAUCGGCGGCACUCUCGGCUGGGUGGUGGUGAAGCUUCUCAGACCCGAGCCCCACCUCGGAGGCCUUAUCAUCGCCAUGUGCUCCGCCGGUAACUCCGAGUUUCAGGACCCUUCCGCCGUCGUCGUCCUCCUCUCGCCGGCGGUGGCCCUUCGGAGUGGCUCACCUGUUGUUUUCCGGUUGACAGGCAACCUCGGGAACCUGAUGCUGAUCGUCGUCCCCGCCAUCUGCAACGAGAGCCGCAGCCCGUUCGGAGAGACCGCCAUCUGCCGCUCCCGCGGCCUCUCCUACUCGUCCUUCUCCAUGGCGGUAAAGCUCCAGCCGGCUCCUCUGCAACUUCCGAUGUCAUCAGACUCCCUCUGAAGAGAGUCCUCCAUGUUAUCUGUAGCUCGGGGGCUUCUACAUCUGGACCCACACCUUCAGCCUCAUGAGGAACUCCGGGGAGAUUCACAGAAGGAUGGUGGCGGCCGGCGGCGGUUCUGAGAAGGACCUGGAGGCGCCGCUAUUGCCGCCGUCGACGGGCCCCGGCGGCGAGGCAGUUGCACCGACGAACACCUACAGUGUAUGUCUUCCCCUCUUCCGUAGAACCUCGUGAGACGGAAUUCCCGUUUUCUUACGAGGAGAUCGCUGAACUUUUGGAGCUGUUCCGCACAGACACAGAUCCCGUCGGAUGUGAAGCUUCUUGAGGGUAAGGAGCAACGGAAUUUCUUGAAUAGAUUGAAGGAGUCUGCUCUUCAGCUUGUGGAGGAGCUCAUGUCGCCGCCAACCGCCGCCGCCGUAUGUUCCCUAAAUUACUCUCCCCUACACGUCCACCAACGGGCAUUCCUUCACGCAUUCAACCAGUCUAUGAUUCGGAACAUUCCGCAGGUCCUGGGAUUCAUUUUCGGGACCACGCCAUGGCUGAAGUCUCUCAUCAUCGGAGCCGCCGCCCCCUUUCGCGUGGUCUACGACUCCAUCAAGCUCAUGGGGUACCCAACUGCCUCUCUCUCUCUCUCUCCCUCUCUCUCUCUCUCUCUCAUCGCCGUGGAUGAUGCAGGAACGGAACCAUACCGUGCAUCACUCUCAUUCUAGGAGGGAACCUCACCAAGGGUAAGGAGGACAUCGACUGAACCUCACCCAUGGAAAAACUUUCCCGUGAACUACGAUUGAAAGCUUCCCAAAACCCUAUCAGGCAUCCGCAAGUCCAAGCUGAAGCGCUCGGUAAUCCUUGCCGUCCUUUGGGUGAAGAUCGCCGUCCUCCCGGCGCUGGGGAUCGCCGUCACACAAGCAGCAGCCAAGCUCGGCUUCCUCCCCCGAGACCCCCUCUUUCGCUACGUACUGCUCUUGCAGUAUACGAUCCCCCCCGCCAUGAACAUCAGUACGUCCUCCCCACUCCUCUCUCUUCCCCUCUACUGCGGCCGGCGGAAGCCGGCGGCGGAUCUCGCCGGUGACAUGAUGGGAGACGUCAUGCAGGCACAAUGGCGGAGCUGUUCGACGUGGCCAGGGAGGAAUGCUCCGUCAUCUUCCUCUGGACCUACCUGCUGGCCGCCCUCUCCCUCACCGUCUGGUCCUCCGUCUACCUGUGGAUCCUGUCGUAG